AACACAAUUUAACAGCUGACUGACAAUUUUAGUUUGCAUUGCAACAAUUUUUGUCUAUUUAAUGUAUCAAAAAAGAAUUUGAUUAAUUUCAACUCAUCUAGUUACAAUUUUUAGGUGUUUUUAUCCUCUAAUUAACAGUGAAAAUGCUAAUUAGUUCAAUUAUUCCAUCCAAAAUACUUAGGAUUACAUCUUGUAUGCCGUUAUCGUACUUGAAUCGGCUCUUAACUACGGGUUCAGAUCAAACUCAACAGUCUCAAAAUGAUUCCCCAGUCUCUGUAAAAAAGUUUUCAAUCGAUCAAAUUAAGUUUUAUCAAGAAAAUGGUUUUUUUCUGGUUAAAGGCCUAAUACCAACGGAUAAUAUUUCAUCUUAUGUUCAAAGGUUCAAUGAUAUUGCUAAUGGUGUUGUCACUGUACCAGGUUUAGUGCGUCAAAAGGACAUAUCUUUGAAAAAUGAGAAACCCAGUGAAAGGAGCGUUUAUAAACUUCAAGAAUUAUUUAUGGACGAUAAGCUUUUUGAAUAUUGCCAAUACUCUACAAUCCUUGAUUAUGUCCAAGAUAUUAUUGGACCCAAUAUUAUGGCAAUCCAUACAAUGUUGAUUAACAAGCCACCAGAUACUGGUGAAUUAACUUCUCGACAUCCAUUACAUCAAGAUCUUCAUUACUUCCCAAUUAGACCAGCUGACAAAAUUGUUUGUGCAUGGACCGCAUUGGAUCGAUCAUUUCGGGACAACGGAUGUCUAGUUGUCCUACCAAAGUCACACAAAGGACCUUUACUUGAACAUGACUAUCCAGAUUGGCAGGCUGUUAAUGCUAUGUACCAUGGAGUUAAGAUGAAACCUCCUGAAGAUCGAUUCUAUGUUGAAAUGGAUCCUGGAGAUACACUAUUUUUUCAUCCUUUACUAAUACAUGGAUCUGGAGCCAAUCGAACCACUGGAUUUCGUAAAGCGAUCUCUUGUCAUUACGCAUCAUCAGAUUGCCAUUACAUCAAUAUUAAGGGAACAUCGCAAGAAAAUAUUUCCAAAGAGAUUAUUGAAGUAGCAAAGAAAAAGUUUGGCAUCGAUGUUGAUGAUGUUUCGGUUAUUUGGAAAUAUCGAGCUCAAUUGGUCAGAGGUGACAAAAUCAACUUAUAAAUGAAGUUCCAUGAUGAAUUUCUUGCAAUUAAUUUCUCUGUUUCCAUAAAUUAGUCAAUUUGCCUGAUUCUGGUGGACUCAUCAAAAGAUUUAUAUUUUUAUUAACGAUUAUUUCAAUGAUGCCAUGCGAAAUCAAGAAAAAUUUAAACCACAAUUUAUGCUAAAUUUGUUUCCCAAAAUAAGCAAUCCAUUUAUUUACAUGUAUUGUAAUUACUCAAAGGACGAAUGACCAUUGGACUCAAUCAAAGUUGAAGCUUGAAAAAGUUUUCCUUUCUCACGGUCUUUACAUUAUUUUACAUUUUAAUUUUUCUAUCUUCAUUCAUUUUCAUGUUAACUCGUCUACUAUCUUUAAUUUCUGUGCUAUUCUGGAGUUGAUUUGAAUUUAAUUUAACAAUAAUAACAUUAAUUAAUUGUCUGUUUCA